AUGGGCGCCGGGGUAUCAGAGAAGUAUACCGUCGGGGCACUUGCCCAAUGCGUUCGCUUCUCGGCCGAGUUUGGGGUGGCCGAUAAAAUCAGCGAAGCUGUCUACUUCGGGCACCUGUCGGCUGUUGUAUGCCUACUGUCAUUGGGCGCGGAUCUCUACCAAGUAGACAAUGAUGGAGUGAGUCCUUUGGACGCUGUGACGGCGAGGACAUAUCUCGGGGUCCCCUCACACUCGGUGCCUGGGAUAUUGUAUGAUCGACACAGAGAGAGUAAUACUAAAAGGGCUUACAAUCGACGUCGGAAAACGAGUAUAGCACUGGACUACUCAGAUGAAGAUUCUGUGGGUAGCGAAGCUGAGGACGAGGGAGAAGACGCUGAUGGGCAAGCACACCCCUUAAACAACCAUUAUGAAGUCGAUAGGGGUGAUCGAUCUCGGAUUUACGGUGAAUUGUACACCUGGGGUUCUAAUGCGACUUAUACAUUGGGAAGGCCGAACACAUCGAAACAUAAUUAUAAUAAUCCAGAACGCAUAUCGGUCCGGUACGAAGACGGAAGACUGAUUGACGAUGACCGUGUAUGUAACUAUACGGGUGAGCGCUUGGUGGAAUCGCAAGUAAUCCAGGUCGCAACGGGGAAGUUUCAUUCUGCAUGUAUCGAUCGAUCGGGUAACCUAUUCACUUGGGGGUAUGCGAGUCGGUUCGCACUUGGACACGGCGAUGAUGUCACUCAGCUCACGCCCAAGCAAAUCAACAUGACUCCCAAAGUGAAAAUAAUUGAAAUUUGUGUCGCUGAUGACCAUAUGGUUGCGCUGAGCUCUGAGAGACAAGUAUAUACAUGCGGUACGAAUUCCCAUCACCAAUUAGGACAUUAUGGCUUAGAAAUAGACGAUGUUGUGCCAGAACUUCGUAUAGUGAAGAGCUUCAAAAACACGAGUUUCGAAGAUGGGGUCAUUUCGAUCGCGGCGGGACCUAUGCACACUGUAUGUGCUACAUUGGAGAGUGUGUACACUUUCGGCAGGAACCUGGGCCAUCUUGGGCACCCCGCAACAAUCAAUCAGCGCACUUCCAUCCUUACUGCUCCGGGUGCUCAGAUUCAAACGGUGUUAACCGACGACUUCCAGACGACACCUCGUAUCGUCUCAUUUCUCAGUCGGAAAACCACCGUUGUACAGGUGUCAGCAGGAGCCUCUUUAUGUACGGCUUGUCUUACGAAGGAUGGCCAGGUGUAUGUGAUGGCGGGCUAUGCUGUCCAAUGUAUAAGUAUCGCUCCAGCCCCGAUACCAAGUGUUGGGGGUGAUUGUGAGGGUGUUUCAAAGUAUUGGCUUGAAUCUCCGAGCAGGCAAAGACCGACUGUCGUUAAGGUAUGCGUGGGUGUGGACAAUAAUGCUGUGGCUCUAUCAAAUCUACAUGCUCUGUAUAUGGUGUACAUAUAUCCUGCCCUCUCCCCUAAGACAUGGCGCUACACACCGGUGAUAUGUCACGGACUCGGGGCAAAAGGUAUGGGUCGUCGCAUCAUCGAUAUUGCGAUAGGACGAGCUACUUUGAUUGUCACGACUCAGAACGGUCAUGUGUUCAAGGGCAACUUGCCCGCUACCCCCGUAUACAAUGCUAAAAGGAGACUAGAUGUGGUACAAGUCGAGUUCAAACGUAUUUUGGGGUUGCAUCGCGCCACAUCGGUGUCGUGCAGUCACAGAGGCGACAGUUACUCUGCACUCUGCGAGACAAGUUUCAGACCAGGAAGUACCGAUCUUGAGAGAGCAUUCGCUGAUCGCAAUAAAUACAACGCUCAUCAAGCAGACACAUCCAGCGACAACAAAACUGGCACUACAAGUAAAAAUAUCGGUCUUGUUGGAAGUUUACCGGCUAGCAAUUUAGAUAUCGCUUUAAUAGCAAGUGAUGACGUUGUGGAUGUGGAGGCAAUGCCAACAGCCGACGAAAGUGCCUCAAAAGCAAUUCAAGGUAUUGUCAAUCUGUCAGUUAAUAACUGUAUUAAUGAGAUGAGUGAGCGCUCGAUUUCGGAGACACCGGAUCCCAUGAGAGUGUUGCAAGACCCCAUCCCCCCGCCUGCCGCCAUAGCGGAAGGUUCAAGCUCCUCAAUUGAUGUUGCUGAUGUUGCUUUCUUUUGUAUGGGUCGAAGUGGUAAGGCACACCCUACACCUGUGCUUGCACACAGACGUUUACUAGCUAAACAUUCUGAGUUCUUCCGAACAUUGCACCUCUGGGACCGCCUGAGCACCAAUAGGAUGGUCUCAUUAAUACCGUCGGCACCAAUCCGCCGAGACGUACUUGCGCGGGCGAUUGAAAAGUUCUAUAUAGAGGAAGGCUGGGCUUGUCCCAAUACCGAUAACAAUCCUCCAGAAACAAGCGGGAAAGAUAGCAGCCAUGACAAUGGCCACGACAUGGGUCCACAGGAGAGGCCGAUGGCACCCUCAUCGCAACACGCUGAGCAACUGUACUAUCUCAUGUGCACAGCCGACGAGUAUGGGCUGAGUGCGCUGCAGAGAGAGUGUGAGUUGACCAUCUGCUCACCCAGAUACAUUGACGUGCGGAAUGUGUGCGAUGUGUACCAUGGUGCUACACUUAUCAAUGCACGAAGGCUGACUGACUACUGCAUAGCAUUCGUACAGCUGCAUCUGGAUAUACUUCUGAGUCGUUCCGAUGUGUUCUACGAGGCCGUCAUUGAUGAUACGGACGAGGGCAUGCUAUCAGAUCAGUGGAAUACGCUCGUAGCACACUUGCGGGUCUCCUUGACAGCAAGUAAUGCACAACACCCAGUUGUGCAUUCGGACGAUGCACCAGUGUGGGCACCUCGACGUACGAGAGUGCGUACCAUUAGCCGUAACGGCAAAAUGGACAACAAGAAAUCUUCUUCCGCGCACAAGACUGUCGCCCCCGACCCGGCGCCUCAAGGCACUUCGAGCUACAGCGAAAAUGUCAAUAACCCUGCUCGACAUAAUGAGGAAUGUGCAGAGGGAACUCCCAGUACUGAUUCUGCAGUGUUCGACUCACCUGGCGAGACACAUGGCAACUCUGCUGGGAUAAGCAAAGGCAGAACGCGCUGGCUACCUCUAGACGUUUUCGGGUCAAAUAUACAGAAGGAUGUGGAAAUUGUGAAGCCCACUCCUUCUACCUCCACCGUCGUAGAGGGAACUCCGGCCACGAACCCUUGGGUUCAGAAAGAGACACAAAUUAAUGAGCGAGCACCCCAAGACAAAGGCACUGUGGCACCACGCAAUAGUCUGCGCGAAAUAUUGUCCACAGAGUCUGAUGGUCAGCGAAGAAAAUCAAGUGGCGAUGGGACAACACAGGCGCCCCACGGCAACAAGCCACUGGUGGAAGUGAAGAAGAUGUCUCAGCGUGAGAGGAAGAAGGCACUUUAUGUUGCUGCGCUGAAGGAGGCUGAGGCGCCAAUUAUUAGUAAAGUUCAAUCCAAGCCAGUAUGGGUGACGGCAGAUGUUGUCCCAACUGAUGACGAUACAUUUUUGAUUGAUAAAUUACCACAAGCUAUCAGUCUGCGUGACGUGCAAAUGGAAGAACUGACCGCGGCGAAACAACAAGCGCUGUCCCAACGGCGAUCGUUGAACAAAAUAGACGUGCCUAAGCAAACACGGAAAUCGGGUUGGGACAUGACGGCAGCGACAGGAUCGGGCGCUUCACAAAGCCAGCCUACACAACAUUCAGCGUAUGUCAAGAAAGCUGAUUAUAGUAGCCUUAAGAAUAUUCAGCAGCAACAGGAAGAUACUAGGUGGAAACGUGCUCAUACCAGAACAAGCUUAGACUGUGUCAUCAUCGAAGACCAGGCUAUAGCGGAGCUCACGGCAAUAUAUAACAGUAUGGGAAUAACUGUUCGCGUGGAACGGGUGGUGGAUGACACCGCGUCAUUUCAAGAAAGUACAAAUUUUGGUAUAAGUAGCACGAAAAGUCAAGCAAAGACGACUCCCUGGGUGAAACACUAG